AUUAUUGCACCCCUUUCCCUUCCCAGGUGGGGGGAAGGGGGUGGGGAGCCGAGGAGGGCGCCGAGAGGGGCAGAUCAGGACUAGGAAAAGCGCCGAGGGGGAGCCCAGCAUUUCCUUCCUGUCUCUGCAUGUGAUCACCACACAACUAGCAAAUCCAGUGGAUCUAUUUUCCCAAGGGCCUGCUGCUCGAAAUCCACCUUGGAAUCCCUUUCAUGUUGUGGCCAUGACCACUUACACGCGGGAGGAAUUCUACCAGCAGCUGCUGAGCGGCUGUGUGCUGCCCACUGCUCAGCAGGGCAUUGAACAGGUGUGGACGCUUCUGCUCUUGUGCCUAGUAUGCCGUAUCCUUUGGAGACUCUCCCUGCCAUCUUAUGCCAAGCACCUGAGCACAGUAGCCAGUGGCUUCUAUGCCCUCUACCAUUUCUUCCAGCUCCAAAUGGUGUGGGUCGUACUCCUCAGCCUCCUGUGCUACCUUGUCCUGUUCCUCUGUCGCCAUUCCACCCAGCGUGGUGUCCUCCUUUCCAUUACCAUCCUCAUCUAUUUGCUCAUGGGGGAAAUGCACAUGGUGGAUACUGUGAGUUGGCAUAAGAUGAGAGGUGCACAGAUGAUUGUGGCCAUGAAAGCUGUGUCAUUAGGAUUUGAUCUUGACCGAGGCGAUGUGCCAGCCAUCCCCUCACCAGUUGAGUUCAUGGGAUAUAUCUACUUUGUUGGAACAGUCAUAUUUGGACCCUGGUUCCGCUUCCGCACAUACUUGCAGGCCGUGGAGAGCAGGAAAAUGAGCUUCUCCUGGUUCCGGAAGGUCUGCGUCAGCUUCUUCCUCUGCCUUGUGUGCCUCAUCACAUCCACUUGCAUUGCUCCUUAUCUGUUUUCUUACUUCAUACCCCUCUACAACUACAAGCUACUCAGGAAGAAGCGCAAAACCAGAAGCACCAUGGUGAGAUGGCUGCGGGCUUACGAGAGUGCCAGCUCCUUCCACUUCAGCAAUUAUUUUGUGGGCUUCCUGUCCGAAACCACAGCUACGUUGGCAGGCUCUGGCUUCACUGAGGAGAAGGACAAUUUGAAAUGGGAUCUGACAGUGUCUCGACCACUGAAUGUAGAGCUGCCACGUUCUAUGGUGGAGGUGGUCACCAGCUGGAAUCUCCCCAUGUCCCGUUGGCUAAACUCCUAUGUUUUCAAGAACUCCCUGAAACUGGGCACCUUCUCGGCCAUCAUUGUAACCUAUGCAGCUAGUGCUCUCUUGCAUGGACUAAGCUUCCAUUUGGCUGCUGUGCUGUUAUCUCUGGGAUUCAUCACUUACAUUGAACAUGUUCUCCGGAAGAGGCUUGCUGUCAUCUUUGAUGCCUGCAUACUCUCCAAGAAGUGCCAGCCAGGCUGUUCGCAUCGCAACAACACGAAUCUGUGGGUGAACCUCCUUAAUGUGCUCUUUGGAGCUCUUGCGAUCUUCCACUUGGCUUAUCUAGGCUCAUUAUUUGACAUGGAUGCAGAUGAUUCUAUGGAAGAACAGGGCUAUGGCAUGUCGUACACCAUCCGCAAGUGGUCCGAACUAAGCUGGACCAGCCACUGGGUGACUUUUGGUUGCUGGGUCUUCUACCGUCUCAUCAGCUGAACCUCUGUGUGGGCUUGAGGGGAGAUGGAGCAAGAGGAGAAGGCAGGAACUGAGGUCCCUGUGUCCUCCAAAAACUUUGGAUGCCCUUUCUGGAUUUGGGUGCUCUGAACACUGAUGGAGCCCUUUUCUCCUGGGACAGUUUGAGGGAAGGGGUCCCUUUGUCAGGAUACACUUUGUGCCACGUUGCAGGAACGUCUCUUCUCAUUUCCUUCGAAAGAAAGUCAGUUAUGGCCCACAUAAAAAUGAAUGUUGGGAAAGGUGGCCCUGGUAAAGUUACCUUUUCUUUAGGUACAUAUAAAAAAGGAAAUCCUUUUGGGAUUUUUUUUCCUUGAAGGAAUAAUAUCUGUUACCACCAGGACAUUGCAUCAUGACGCUACAGUUCUACUGGCCUAUCCAUGCCCAUCUUAGGCUCCCCCAUGUGGUUAUUUGUGGAAACUCUACCAACUCUCCUCUUUGUAUGACUUUAUUCAGUUAUUUUUUUUAUUAUAGCUACAGCCAGCCCUCUACAUUUGCUUAAUAUCUCUCUAGGUAUGUCUCCAGUACAGCUCUUACAGGGGAAGUAGACUAUGGAAUCAAACUGGAGGACCUAGAAAUUUCUAAAGAGACCAUAUGAAUUAAAUCCUCAAAAGUUAAACCCACAAAUGAAGAGGGCUGACUGUAUUGUCCUACUGAUUCCAUGCAUGCUGUCCUAUUCCCUUCUGUGGCUGGUUGUGGAAACCACCCUCUCUGCUCUCGUGGUAUCCCAAUUAUCCUUAGAGUUGUUGUCUUUUUUAGCAGUAAAACCUGCUAGUUGGCCAA